CUCCUGUACGAUACAGCAGCGGCCAUGGGAAGAGAAUGUUUAUUAUCAAGGCAACAAGUUUUUAUGAUAGUCGAUUUCUGAGAUUGUUGAGAUUCUAUGUAUUUCUGACGGCAGUACCAGCGGCUCUAUUCAUAACAUAUGUCAACAUCUUCAUUGGUGAAGCUGAACUUGCAGAGAUUCCCGAAGGUUAUACACCAGACUACUGGGAAUACUACAAACACCCUAUAACUCGCUGGAUAACUCGUUACUUACUUGACCCCCCUGAAAAGGACUAUGAGAAACAGAUGGCUUUGCUUGAUAUUGAAGCGAGGAAAACCCGAAUGAGGCUGAUGGAGUUGGAGGCACGCAGACUGAUGAGACAGAGGGGAGAUGGACCUUGGUACUAUUAUGAAACACCUGAUAAAAAUCUUGUUGACAAUUCUAUGAAAUCCACGCCUGAUAAUUAAAUAAUUUAAAGAUAGUAUGCAUGGUCUUAAAUGCAUAUGGAGAAAUUGUAACUGUGCUAUGUAAUAUACAUCCUUCUGUUUAAUGAUGGAAAUGAAUAAAAAUAAACAAUGUUUGUGUUGAUUCCAA